AUGAGCCAGCAGGAUGCGGUCGCCGGGCUUUCAGAAUGCCUGCUCAUAGCUGUGUACAAAGGCCAGGCAGAGAAUGUGUUUCAGCUCAUCAACAAGGGCACCAAGGUAGCCGUUACCAAGCAUGGCUGGACCCCCCUGCAUCUUGCUGCCAAUAAGGGCCAUCUUUCUGUGGUCCAGAUCUUGCUGAAGGCUGGCUGCGACCUCGAUGCCCAGGACGAUGCUGAAGACACAGCACUUUAUAUUGCUGCUGCCCUAAAUCACAAGAAGGUGGUUAAAAUCUUAGUGGAAGCCGGAGCAGAUGGGACCAUUGUCAGUAAUGCAGGCCGGACUCCACUGGAGACUGCCCGCUACCACAAUAAUCCGGAAGUUGCUCUCCUCCUCACUAAAGUGCCCCGGGGAAGUGUCUCAGCAGGAGACACCCAUAGCAGUGAACAGGCUGUACCCAGAAAAGAAGAGCCCAGAGAAGAUUUCCUGUCCGCCUCCCCGGAGCCCAGAGCAAAGGACAACAGGCAGAAAAAGUCAAGGCCCAACGUGUCAGCGUCUUCUGACUCCACCCCACCAGCAGACCAGCAGCCCUGACAGCAGAAGAACUCGCGCACUCACAAUCACCCUAAAAAGAGGCCCAGGCAUCGCUGUUCGCCCCCAUCCCCUCCCCAUGAGUUCAGAGCAUACCAGCUCUACACGCUGUACCAGGGCAAGGACGGCAACGUGAUGCAGGCGCCAAUAAAUGGCUGUCGAUGUGAACCCCUGAUCCACAAGCUGGAGAAUCAGUUGGAGGCAACUGUGGAGGAGAUCAAAGCAGAGCUGGUGUCGUGUCAGGAUAAGAUGAACACGAAGCUGGGGCACAUGGAGAAUGAGACCCAGCACCAAAUGCGGGUUCUGGACCAGCUGAUGGUCGAGCGACUCUCAGCAGAGAGGACGGAGUGCCUGAACCGCCUGCAGCAGCACUCGGACUCGGAAAAGCACGAGGGAGAGAAACGGCAGAUGCCCUUGGUGGAUGAAUUAAAAACUUGGUGCAUGUUAAAGAUUCAGAAUCUGGAGCUGAAGCUUUCUGGAGAUUCUGGGGCCUCCAGGACUAAAUCCACACCCUCCACUGGCGAGUCCUCCACAGGUGUGGGCCAGUCAGUGGGGACUGCAGGUCCAGUAGCAGCCUCUGACAGCUCCCCCCAGGUGGCCAGGCCCAAGGAAAAGGCCCUCAGCUCCACAGCCGCCCACAGACCCCAGCAGGAGCUGUCUUCAUCGGACUGUACAGGCUCCCGACUGAGGAAUGCCAAGGUCCAGACAGCCUCGUUACCCUUGAAAGAGGCAGCCAAAUGCAACCCACAGGCCGGGCCCUGUGUUGACAGAGGCACCCAAACCAAGAAGUGUGGGAAAGGUGGGCAGACGAGGCACCGCGGCCAGCAGCCAGCAGCCAGCACCGCCUGCGGGCGGCCGCCACCAGCAGCAGGUGGCGAGCAGACGGCCCCUCACGCUCGAGACACCUCCCAAGCGCUGGAGCUCACCCACUAUUUCCUUGAGGCUCUUUCCACCCAGAUGGAAAAGUGGUAUGAAAGGAAGAUUGAAGAAGCACGAAGCCAAGCCAGUCGGAAAGCCCAGCAAGACAAGGCCACGCUGGAGGAACACAUUAAAAGUUUAGAGGAGGAACUUGCUAAACUAAGGACUAAGGUACAGAAAGAAAACUAG